CUCCAUACCCGGGUGCCUCGGGGGUCGCAGGCUGCCCAGCGUCAUUGCCCACGCCGGCUCCGGCUGCGAUGCCGAUCCCGAACCUCCCGCGCUGCUUGACGAUAUACGUCUCCUUCUGCGCUUGCGCUUGCCCCAGCACAGGCAGCACAGGGAGGGCAGGUCCAUCCUCGUCCUCCAGAGCAGAACCGAACACCCACGCUCCAGUACCAGUACGAGCAGGCCGUUCCUCCCCAUCCACACUACGGGGCAUCCGUACGCCCCUAGUGCGCGCACUAGGCCGGCUCUGUUUUCGUGGUCUCCGGGCUGGAGGGGGUGCGGGAACUGUAAGCGCAGGAGGGACGAGCAUGUCUUCCCCCGCCGCCGCUGCCGCUGCCUGGGGAGCGGGAUAACCCCGUCCAAUGUUGAUGUUGAUGUUGGGGUGCGCGUGCCCGUGCCCGUGCCCGUGCCCGUCGAGGUACACAUUCCUGUGCGCUGGAGAGGGGGCGAUCGAUACUGGCCUUGAGCGGACGCCGGACGAUGAAGGUCUCCUCGAUCGCUGGGCGCUGCUCGUCGGUGUCUGGCGACUUCUGCGGGGAUACUCUUCCGAAGAGGGGAUAUAAGGCGGGUUCAUGAGGUUCCCCCCUGAGGUUAGGGCGGGGUUCGUCUGCGGUCUUGGGGGGAGCCGGUGCCGGCCUGCUACUGGAUGAGGAGACCGGUCAGCAGAGGGGACAACACUUCCCCCGCGGGAGGAGGAGGCGCGGCUCGCUUGCGCAGCUUGGUGUUGUUGUUGAGCGGCGGCGUCGGCGGCGGCUUGCAGUUCUGCGGGGGAGAUCUGGACCCAUUCGGUUUUUUUGCCUCUCCUCCCAGUCGGUUCCUCCCCAAGCGUACUCCCACCCCCCGUCCCACCCCCACCCCCAACCCCACCCCCACCAGUGCCGGUCCCGUUCGGGCGUUCAACCCCCUUCCCCGCUAUGUCAGUACUUGCAGGUUCCUUCCUCUCCUUCUCCCGUUCCCGCUCUCGCUCGCGCUCACGUUCCCCCUGCAGCAACUGCAACUGCUGUAAACUCACGCUAGGGGAAGGCCAUUCCCUCUCCCUUUCCCUCUCUCUUUCCCUUUCCUUAUCCCUCUCCCUCUCC